CGGAUUUGCACUUGAUCAAUAUAAUAAAAGGCAAGAACAAGCGCAUAAAGUGGCAUCGAAAAUGGCGACUUUUCGAGACAAACUGACAAACUACGGGAAUGAGUUUGUUGUGGGAUUUACAUCGUUAUAUCGGUCCGCGAGUGGUGGUCAAAUUGGAAUAGCUAUUGUGGCCCAUUUUGAUACGAACAUUACCAUUAAAACAGAAUCCGUGACUAAAUCAUUGAACGUAACUUUUCAUAUGAAAGAAGGAGAAUUUUUAAAAUAUAAUCUGCCGUUGUCUCUUCGAAUGAAUGGAAAACAAAGUAAUGGCGUGUUGGUUUCAUCAACAAAGAACAUUUCAGUAACGUGUUUAGACUACCGGUACAGUUCCUAUGGCGGUGAUGGAUAUUUAGCGUUACCAACCUACGCACUGGGCAUCAUUUACGUUGUUGCUUCAUAUCAACCAUACGAUUAUUAUUCUCGAGCUAAAAUUGGCAUUGUAGCUUCACACGAGCGAACAAACGUUUUAUUUAAGUUGAAUAAGAACGCGGUUAUUGUAUACAAUGGUAUCUCAUAUAAUUACGGCAGUCCUUUUCAUAUUUCUUUGAGUAAACUACAAACUGUUCAAUUAGAGAGUCGGUCAGACUUAUCCGGAUCUAUGAUAUUCGCUUCUAAACCAAUAACUGUUAUCUCCACCGUUGACUUAGGAAGACCUGGUUCUGGAAACUCUGAUAAAUUAGCGACAUUGCUUUUACCAGUCACCCAGUGGGGAAAACAAUAUAUAUUAACAACUGUCGGAUCAAUGAGUCAUCAAAAAGGAGAUAUUUUUAGAGUUUUUGCAUAUGAAAACAAUACAGUUGUUAAAAACGCAUACGGGAGCCAACUCUUGUCUUCUGGUACAUACACAGAACUGAUAUUGGAUAAAAAUCUAACGUCGUUUAUUAACUGCAGUAAACGUUGUCAAGUCGUACAAUACAUUAUUGGGAAAACCAUUGGUGGAAGAUAUGCUGACCCUUCAAUGAUAGUGCUUCCUUCGAUUAAACAGUAUUUACCAUAUUAUCGUGUUAUGGCAAGUUAUGCUUCAACUUACUUCAGUUCAGUAACAAUUACGAUUGAGAAACGUUAUACGAACGGUUUGUAUUUUGAUGAAGUUCAAAUGUCUAAUUUAACCUGGUUGAAAGUAACGGGGACAAAUUACGUUUGGGCAGUGGUUGGUAUGGCUGGAACAAAAGUUGCUACAGUUUAUCAUUCUUCACCGGCAGUAAAGUUUGGAUUGUUGGUGUUUGGAUGGUACUACUCUGAUUCUUACGCUUACCCUGGCGGAUUUGGCCUUCACCAUUUUUAUACGUCAGGGCAAGAACAAGCGAAUCAAAUGGCAUCCAAAACAGCCACUUUUACAGACAAAGUGACAAACUACGGAAUGGAGUUUGUUGUAGGAUUUACAUCGUUGUAUCGGUCCAAGAGUGGUGGUCAAAUUGGAAUAGCUAUUGUGGCCCAUUUUGAUACGAACAUUACCAUUAAAACAGAAUCCGUGACUAAAUCAUUGAACGUAACUUUUCAUAUGAAAGAAGGAGAAUUUUUAAAAUAUAAUCUGCCGUUGUCUCUUCGAAUGAAUGGAAAACAAAGAAAUGGCGUGUUGGUUUCAUCAACAGAGAAAUUUCACGUUGACUUAGGAAGACCUGGUUCUGGAAACUCUGAUAAAUUAGCGACAUUGCUUUUACCAGUCACCCAUUUUUACCAUAUUAUCGUGUUGGCAAGUUAUGCUUCAACUUACUUCAGUUCAGUGACAAUUACGAUUGAGAAACGUUAUACGAACGGUUUGUAUUUUGAUGAAGUUCAAAUGUCUAAUUUAACCUGGUUGAAAGUAACGGGGACAAAUUACGUUUGGACAGUGGUUGGUAUGGCUGGAACAAAAGUUGCUAUAGUUUAUCAUUCUUCACCGGCAGUAAAGUUUGGAUUGUUGGUGUUUGGAUGGUACUACUCUGAUUCUUACGCGUACCCUGGCGGAUUUGCACUUGAUCAAUAUAAUAAAAGGCAAGAACAAGCGCAUAAAGUGGCAUCGAAAAUGGCGACUUUUCGAGACAAACUGACAAACUACGGGAAUGAGUUUGUUGUGGGAUUUACAUCGUUAUAUCGGUCCGCGAGUGGUGGUCAAAUUGGAAUAGCUAUUGUGGCCCAUUUUGAUACGAACAUUACCAUUAAAACAGAAUCCGUGACUAAAUCAUUGAACGUAACUUUUCAUAUGAAAGAAGGAGAAUUUUUAAAAUAUAAUCUGCCGUUGUCUCUUCGAAUGAAUGGAAAACAAAGUAAUGGCGUGUUGGUUUCAUCAACAAAGAACAUUUCAGUAACGUGUUUAGACUACCGGUACAGUUCCUAUGGCGGUGAUGGAUAUUUAGCGUUACCAACCUACGCACUGGGCAUCAUUUACGUUGUUGCUUCAUAUCAACCAUACGAUUAUUAUUCUCGAGCUAAAAUUGGCAUUGUAGCUUCACACGAGCGAACAAACGUUUUAUUUAAGUUGAAUAAGAACGCGGUUAUUGUAUACAAUGGUAUCUCAUAUAAUUACGGCAGUCCUUUUCAUAUUUCUUUGAGUAAACUACAAACUGUUCAAUUAGAGAGUCGGUCAGACUUAUCCGGAUCUAUGAUAUUCGCUUCUAAACCAAUAACUGUUAUCUCCACCGUUGACUUAGGAAGACCUGGUUCUGGAAACUCUGAUAAAGCGACAUUGCUUUUACCAGUCACCCAGUGGGGAAAACAAUAUAUAUUAACAACUGUCGGAUCAAUGAGUCAUCAAAAAGGAGAUAUUUUUAGAGUUUUUGCAUAUGAAAACAAUACAGUUGUUAAAAACGCAUACGGGAGCCAACUCUUGUCUUCUGGUACAUACACAGAACUGAUAUUGGAUAAAAAUCUAACGUCGUUUAUUAACUGCAGUAAACGUUGUCAAGUCGUACAAUACAUUAUUGGGAAAACCAUUGGUGGAAGAUAUGCUGACCCUUCAAUGAUAGUGCUUCCUUCGAUUAAACAGUAUUUACCAUAUUAUCGUGUUAUGGCAAGUUAUGCUUCAACUUACUUCAGUUCAGUAACAAUUACGAUUGAGAAACGUUAUACGAACGGUUUGUAUUUUGAUGAAGUUCAAAUGUCUAAUUUAACCUGGUUGAAAGUAACGGGGACAAAUUACGUUUGGGCAGUGGUUGGUAUGGCUGGAACAAAAGUUGCUACAGUUUAUCAUUCUUCACCGGCAGUAAAGUUUGGAUUGUUGGUGUUUGGAUGGUACUACUCUGAUUCUUACGCUUACCCUGGCGGAUUUGGCCUUCACCAUUUUUAUACGUCAGGGCAAGAACAAGCGAAUCAAAUGGCAUCCAAAACAGCCACUUUUACAGACAAAGUGACAAACUACGGAAUGGAGUUUGUUGUAGGAUUUACAUCGUUGUAUCGGUCCAAGAGUGGUGGUCAAAUUGGAAUAGCUAUUGUGGCCCAUUUUGAUACGAACAUUACCAUUAAAACAGAAUCCGUGACUAAAUCAUUGAACGUAACUUUUCAUAUGAAAGAAGGAGAAUUUUUAAAAUAUAAUCUGCCGUUGUCUCUUCGAAUGAAUGGAAACAAAGAAAUGGCGUGUUGGUUUCAUCAACAGAGAACAUUUCAGUAA